AAUAAUCAGACUGGUAUAGAAAAUAUCUUCUUGUAAAAAAUUGGGCGUGAUUACGGAUCUUAUUUUAAUUCGAAUUCUUUCCGUCACUCAGAGUUUUAAAGUCUUGAAAAAAAAUCACUCCGCAUAUAUACGGAGUAAGUAGGGAAUUUGUUUUUUCAGCAGAAUGAUCUGAAUUUUAUUUAAAUCCGCGUUUAUUCCGAUUUGGAGAUUUCACAUAAAAAUUAACUUCUCUUGGGAAUGAAUUUCACUUCAAGGGGAUUAAAUGAAUCAAUAGCUAUCCGCAUUCCUUCUGGAUUUACUCCACGUUCACUAUGCCAAUUUUUUACAGUGUGAUUAAUUUGAUCUCAAUAAGAAAUCAAUUUGAUAAACAGUUUAUUCCGACAUUCGCUGAGAGUUUUAACAUGACGCAGAGCUUGCUUUCUUGUCAUUCUCUAGUAUACAUUCUUGCAAAUCGGUUCUCAUAUUUUCAAAUUAUAUUUUGUUAUUUUUAUCAUAUUUUUAGAAUUAUAGAAGAACUAUAAUUAAUUAAUUAAGUUUAACACAGGGGUAAUAAAUUUCCUUGGUCAUCAAAGGACAAAAUUACAAGAAAUCAACUUUGAUAAUUUUUUAAACAUUUAUAGUGAAGAUUAAUUAUACAAUUAUUAAAAAAUUAUAAUAAUCGAGGAUGAUGCCAGAUAAUCAAUCAGUGAUAGAAAGUAAUGAAUAUAAUUAUGAUUGGACAGUUCAAAUAAACAGAAAAAAUAAACAACUUACUUCAAAUUUAUUUGAAAUAAAAUCAUCACCUGGAUUAAAUUUUUGUAUGACCGCUGAAAUAAAUAAUAAUAGUAAUUUAAUUAAAGUAAAAAUAAUAAAAACAUUCACUAAAUUGGCAAUUGCAACAAUUGAACUUAAAAUAGCAGAUAUACCGCCAAUUAUAAAAGAUAUAUCUGAGUGGAAAGAUGUUAUUAUAUUUGACAAAAUUCCAAUUCCUUCUGGUUGUGAUGAUUGCCAAAAAAAUACAUGGAAUUUAUGUAUUUUAACAACACCAGACAGCCAUGAAUAUCGUAUCAAAAUUAGUUGUUCGAUAAUUUGGUAUGGAUUUGUUGAUGAAUUGCUUGCGCCAAAAAUCUUUGAAGACAUGCAGCGAUAUUUAAAUACAUUGGAUUUUAGUGAUAUUAUUAUCAAAGUUGAUGACACAGAAUUUCAUGCCCAUAAAAUUGUUUUGGCUUCUCAGAGUCCAGUUUUUGCUGACAUGAUAGCGACGUCUGAAUCAAACGGAUCAUCUAAAGAACAAUUCAUCGAUCUUCAAGACGUUGAUGUUAAUGUUGUGUAUGAAAUGCUGACGUUUUUAUAUUACGGCAAAUUAGAGAAAGCUCAUUAUGAUUAUCGAAUUGCUUUAAAGCUAUUCGAAGCAGCGGCUAACACCCGUAUAACAAAAUUAAAAGAUGUUUGUGGAGUUAUUUUGAGUAAUAAAUUAGCUCUUGAAAAUGUAUUAUCGUUAUUAGAACUAGCAAGAAAAUAUAAUUCAUUGAUAUUGCGACAACGUGCGAUGACUUUUAUUAUAAAUAAUCGUAAACAAUUAUUUCUAUGAGUUAACUCAAAUAAAUUUUUGUAAGUUAAUUUAUAUUUCGAUAAAAUAUUUCGUAUUUUUGAUCGAAUUUAUGUUAUAAAUGUUUUAUAGUUACACGAUUUGAAAAUAUUAUCAAAGUUUAUGUAAGUUGAUUUUGAAAACACUAUAUUUUUUCUACGCACUCCUCUAAUGCAAAGGGUUUGAUUUGAGCUCUAGGUCCGGGACAAGAAUAAAACUUUAAAUCAAGUUUUAUUGCCUACUUGGUUUGCCAAAUCGAAAUUUAGAACCGUUUUUCACAAGAAACUUGACUUUUUUUACGGAAAUAUGAAAUGCAUUGAGUUUUCGUCUUGAUUUAGACUUAAAUGACUUGCUUAGUCACGGUUUAAGACGAAAAAGCCUAAACCAAGUCGAAAUCGACUUGGCUUAGAUUUAUUCGACGUACAUUACAAUUCGAAGAAGUCAACAAGGCGAAUGUCUCCUGUUCUGUGAGAUAAAAAACUACGAAUAAGUUGAAACUAAGAUGAAAAACAGCUCUGAAAGUUGACAAAAAUUUAAUUCAAGUCGAAAAAGUCGAGAUCUUAGCAGAAAAUCAUCAGCGAAUUGAUAACUUCAAAACAACAUAAGGUGAAGCGAGUCUGAAUCAAGUUUCAUUUUUGACCCAGACGGGGAUACAAAGAAAAAUAAAUUGCCGUUGCAAGUAAAUAUUAUCAUAUUUGCUUAGAUAAAUUUAUUUAAAUUACACAAACAUACAGUUGAUCCAGUAAAUAUUUUCUUAAUUUAAAAAAUUACCCACAAAAAAAUGAUUUAUUUGAAUUUACAAAUUAUUCAUCUCAGUACAUUUAAAAAUUUUUGGUCAAUAUUUUUCCAGUAUUUAAACAUCAUAAGUCAUUGACUAUAAUCAAUUACUAGUUUCGGAUGUUUUUAUAAACAAGUCUUAAAUUUAAUGUGAAAUAAAUAUUUAAAUUAUUUUUUGUUAUUCAUCCGUAAGUAAAUACAAUCGAAAUAUCGGUAGUGUUCAUGUCACAAUUGAUAUGCGCGUUUGUUUUCUAACAUAAUCAAGGUCACAAUUUAUCAUUAAUAUUUAAAACAUCUUAAAUAUCGUAACUUUACAAUUCAUAUAUCUACAGGAUUAGUUUAAUUAUUACUGGAAUUUUUUAAAAUUUAUUUGGAAGAGUAUGCGAUUCAAAAUCACUCACGAAAUUCUUACCGUUAAAUUAAUAACAAUAAUUGAUAAAUUUUUUAUUAUUUCUAAAAGCAUUUUUUUUUU